AUGGCCACCGCGCAGCAGAUCGUCAAGAGCCUCAACACGCCCGCCAACGUCAGAGAAGACAUGCUCCUCAUUUUCUCCAGCUUCGACAACCGCCUCUCCAACAUCACCGAUUUGAUCGACGACGACGAGCGCAAGGCCCGCUCCAAGCUCGACGCCGCCGAGCAGGUCAUUAUGCGCUGGGAUUCGUCUCACACCGCUCUCCCGUCCUGGUGCGACUGUCCCGAGGACGCGGUCGACUACUUGACUGCCGUUGACGAGGUCCUCGACCUGCUCGACGACCUCUCCUUUAAGGAUGCCAGCAUCGAGGCCGUCGACCGGGCCGAGACCGCCGUCCAGGUUGCUAUGACCAGGCUCGAGGAGGAGUUUCGCCACAUCCUCACCAGGAACACUGUCCCGCUCGAUGCCGAAAGGCUCUACGGAUCCAUCCGCAGGGUUUCUCUCUCCUUUGUGGGUAACGAGGGGGAGAUCAUCGACGACGAAUUCGAGAGUUUCGGUGAGGUCGAUAGCGCUCGUGGCAGCGGCUAUUUCCACGAGCGGGGGGUUAGUUUGGGCGAUGAUAUUUGUGUGGAUUUGAUUAACCCUGAUGCUGUUGGGGAGCUGAGGGAGAUCGCUGAUCGAAUGAUCCGUUCUGGGUACGAGAAAGAGUGUGUUCAGGUUUACUCUAGUGUCAGGAGGGAGGUUUUGGACGAGUGUUUGGCUAUCUUGGGCGUUGAGAAGCUUAGCAUAGAAGAGGUUCAGAGGAUUGAAUGGAAAGUCUUGGAUGAGAAGAUGAAGAAAUGGGUGCAGGCUGUGAAGAUUGGAGUAAGGGUUCUUCUCACUGGGGAGAAGAGGCUGUGUGAUCAGAUCUUCAGCACCUCCGAUUCCGCUAGGGAGAUUUGUUUCAAUGAGAAUGCUAAAGGGUGUAUAAUGCAGCUGCUGAAUUUUGGGGAGGCUGUUGCUAUUGGGAGGAGAUCAUCAGAGAAACUCUUUAGGAUCUUGGAUAUGUAUGAUGUACUGAGUGUUGUUAUUCCAGACUUGGAGAUGAUGGUGACAGAUGGUUUCUUGUGUGGUGAGGCAAAGGGUGUUCUAUCUGGACUUGGAGAAGCUGCUAAAGGGACUUUCUCAGAGUUUCAGAGCGCCGUGCAGAACGAGAGUUCCAGGAAGCCUAUGUUAAGCGGGGAGAUUCAUCCGCUUACACGGUAUGUGAUGAACUAUGUGAAACUAGUAGUGGAUUAUAGCCAUACAUUGAAUUCCCUCUUUGCGGAGAGUGAUGAGGAUGAAUCUAGUGGUGGCUCGGGUUCACAUACUGAUGAUGGUGAGGAGAAUGCAACUCCAAUAUCAAGGAGGGUUUUGGCCCUGUUGUCGAUCCUGGAGUCAAAUCUGGAGGAGAAAUCUAAGUUAUACGAGGAUGGUGCUAUGCACUACAUAUUCCUUAUGAACAAUAUCCUGUACAUUGUGCAGAAAGUAAAAGACUCGGAACUCAUUAAGGUGGUGGGAGAUCAGUGGGUUCGAAAACGCCGUGGCCAGAUACGUCAGUACGCGACUUCUUAUCUUAGGGCUGCUUGGAGUAGGGCUUUGUCAUGUUUGAAGGAUGAAGGGAUUGGUGGGAGCUCGGGUAGUGCAUCGAGGGUGGCUUUGAAAGAGAGGUUUAAGAGUUUCAACGCAUGCUUCGAAGAUAUAUACAGGGUUCAGACAGGAUGGAAGGUCCCGGAUCCUCAGCUCCGCGAAGAGCUAAGAAUCUCUAUAUCUGAAAAGGUGAUACCUGCUUACCGGGCGUUUUUGGGACGGUUUGGAAGCCAUCUCGAGAGCGGGAAGCAUUCAGGGAAGUACAUAAAGUUCACACCAGAAGAUCUGGAGAAUUAUGUACCUGAUCUAUUUGAAGGGACGCCUCUUGUGAUUCACCACUUGAGAAGAAAGAGUUAG